GCAGCUAUUGCUUAUUUUGUUUAACUUAAGCCUAUGGCUUGGAGGUGUCAUGUCUGUCCCUAAUUAUGCUACAAAUUAUGCAGAAAACAGCGGGAGUUGCGAUUUUGCCAACAACAUUGAACUAAAUCUGAUCUGCAAGAGUGUGAUCAACUCGGACCUGGUACUACGUUGGGCUGAUGAGCGUGUGAUAAAGGGUGUUCCCUAUUCGGUGUGGCGUUCCAGUGACUCGAACCAAAACGUGAUUCUAGUGUCAUUCUACGCAUCGAAGAUUGUAAAUUCUAAUGUGAUUACCGUUGAUCCAGACCGAUUUCAGAUACUUGGCAAAAACAAUAAUAAUAAUGUCAAAGACUUUUCGAAAGUGCAUUUCACUCAUUCGGAUAUGCACUGCUUGAACUUCUCCCUACGUUAUUUUAACGAGCUGUUGCACAGCUGUCGCAAUGAGCCGAUCGAUCUGGAUGAGGUGGCCAUGGAUCAUGGAAUAUUACAGUAUACAGAAAAAAAAUUACCCAGGCUGGCUGCCUCUAGGAGCAAUUCUCCAAUUCCAAUUCUCUCCCUGCUCGUAGUUAUAGCAGUUUACCUCAAAUCAAUAUAAGUCGUAUUGGCUUACAAAAAUUGUGUCUUUAAUGUUAAUAAAUGUAUGCUGUGAAUAUAUAUGGUUGAUGUAUGUAAGACAGGAAAGAAAAAUCGUUGGCAAAGUCGGAAAAGUCGUUGGAAAAGGGGGUUUCUGAAAUAGUUAUGCAGACAAG